UCAAUAUGGCCGACAGCUUCGAAUGGGUUUGUUCGCGGUUUUCUAUCCUCAAAUUUUAAUUUCUUCUUAGUAUUUUUGUGUGAAUUAUUUAUCUUACACUAUAAUGUAAGUCAAUACACUAAUGAAGACUUUCCCGUAUUCUGAAGAUGCCAGUUAAUUCUGUACCGGAAACAAAGAAGGGUAUUGAAAAACCUAGAUCUCUGUCAUUAAACAGGAAUAAUGCUAUACUGAGUAACAGAAAACGAAAAGUUGAAGACCUGAAUAAAAUUUCAUCGCCUUUAAAGCUCUCUAUUAACUGUAAUAAGGAAAAUAAGCCACUCAAAAGACCUAUGAACGGCACCUAUAAUAAUACUUUGAGUGCAGCCAAGAAACUCAAACCUCUCACCUUAGCGACCACAUUAUCAGAAAAAAUUAUCGAUCCAGAGUUAAUAAUAGCUGAGCUGAAACCAGCCAGCUCUGCCAUGUUGAAUGGCCACCACCCACCGGACAGCCAGUAUGCAGGGAGCAUCCAAAGAAAGACCCCUAUUGCGACACUCUCCAAUCUUGGAAACACAUGUUUUCUUAAUAGUGUGCUUUAUACUUUAAGAUACGCUCCCCGCUUCCUCCACAACCUUCAUCACUUGGUAUCAGACCUGGCCAGCGUUGAACAGAAGCUGGGCAGCAUCCGGCAGAAGAGCUCCUCCCUCGGCAGGAGCGCCGCGGGGCUGGCGUCCUCCGGCGCUAGGUCGUGGAGCAGCAAGGACCUGUUGUCUUUGGGCCAGUCUGAUAAUAGUUCGGGGAAAAGCAAAAUACAGAUAGCAACGGAGAAACUCCACGAAACUUACUUCAACCUUCGGGCGGGGGAGAGCAAAUGUCUCAAUAGUGGCUCAGCGGACUCCAGUCCUGAACCAUUUGCGGCGGACGCUUUUCUAGCGGCGCUAAGGGAUGUUAACUCCACUUUUGAAGGCAACCGGCAACAGGACGCGCACGAGCUGCUGGUGUGCGUGCUGGACACCGUGCGCGAGACGUGCCGCGCGCUCGCCGCACGCGCAGCGCGGCUCGAGCCUGACAGCAACGGCAUCGGCCGUCAGCCAAGCUUGGACGGCGACGGUGGUAAACCCACGCUGGGGAACCUUCGCAAGUCGUGGAAGAAACGCAAGGAACUCAAAGCUAGUGACAAGAAUCACUCGCCCACUGAAGAAAGGGCGCCAUCGCCCUCGGAGUUACAUAGAGAUGAGAGGACUAGGCCUGGGUGGGACUUCGUCGCUGAUGACUUUGAAGGCACAAUGGUGGUCCGAACGAUGUGCCUCGAAUGUGAGACGGUGACUGAAAAAGCUGAAGCUCUAUGCGAGCUGUGUGUUCCGGUGGGAGAUGAAGAUGCCACGGACGAUGAGCCGUUCAAGGCGGCGUGCCUUUCUAGCGAGUACUUGCGGGACCAGAACAAGUACUGGUGCGAGCGCUGCCUCCGCUACAACGAGGCGCGGCGCAGCGUGGCGUACUCGCGCCUGCCGCGGCUGCUGGUGCUGCAGCUGAAGCGCUUCAGCGGCGGCAUGGAGAAGAUCACGCGGCACGUGCCCACGCCGCUGCUCAUGCCGUGCUUCUGCGAGGCCUGCGCCAAGCGGCCGCCCGACCAUGCGCCCACGCAUAGGUACAUCCUGUGGGCGGUGAUCAUGCACCUCGGGCAGACGCUGACGGGCGGGCACUACGUGGCGUACGCGCGCGACGGCCCGCCGCCCGCCGCCUGCGCGCGCCAGCCCGGCGCCGCGCCCGCGCCGCCCGCCGGCUUCAUGCGCGCGCUGUUCAGCAGGCCGCCGCGCGCGCCCGCCGGUUGCGCCGCCAAAGAAUGCUGCGUGCCGCGCGCGCGCGCCGAGGCGGGCUGGCUGGCGUGCGACGACGAGCUCGUGAAGCCGAUCUCCAACGAGGAGUUCGAGGACCUGCUGUCCUCAGAACCCAAGAUGAGGUCCGCCGCCACGCCCUACCUACUCUUCUACGUCAAAAGCGAAAUUGGCUAGUGAAAAAUCCACCUCUUUGUUUCUCGAAUCGACGGUUCGUGUGAUUAGUCAUUUAGUUGUAUUAUACUCUGUGUUGAAUGCUCCGUUGUGGCUGUCGUUUUGACAUGACAAUGAAUAGUGGUCUUGAUUGGGCCGUUUUGUUUUGAACGUGAUGUCCAGAUUCGCUGAUUGUAAAUUUUGAUGAUUCGGUGAAAAUAUAUCAUUU